CCGAGACAUGAAUGCGAUGAAUGUGGGGCUCACUUCAAAGCAGAUCGCGAGGGCAGCGAAAGGGGUGUUGUAAUGUCGUCAGCGGAGGAAAAAACGCAGCGAUCCGUUUUUAGAUGGCCGCGCCGCGUAACGUUAAGUGGGACGAUCGGCGUUUGCAGUGCGUAAAGAUGGCUAGCGUGCUGUGACAACGUGUUCUCACACUAGUUGAGUCGGAUCCGUGGAGCGGAUCGGCGGGGAGAGCUCGCUAGAAAUGUCGGCUCGUGCGCUCAAAGAUGGUGAAAGUGUUUUUUUCGCCGUCUACGCUCACUUGUUAGGGAAGGUCUCGCGCCGCACGUACUUCCUCCCCUUGCGCGCUACCCUCUUUGAUGCGGUUGAUGUUCGUCAUAUUUAUGUUUUUGACUUGCGCUUGUUGUUUUUUGCGUCGUAGCUUUACACAGUUUACUCUUCUAGUGUGAUUUGUUUUAAAUAACAACAUCCCUGCUUGCGUAAAAUGUUUCUAAAUGGGCGUCUCGCGCUGGAUUAGCCUGCUAGCUCAUCGCCAUUGAAGUUCGCGCUGUUAAAGUUAUUGACUCGGAAAGCUCAAGGUUUCUUUCCUCCUUAGCUCGCUUAUCAAGCACAUCAGACGCAAUCUAGUUGGCAGGCAGUCACAGGUUUUAAGGUCGGAACUUGAAAGUGGUGGAUUUAUGGUGUCAUAAAGCGUGUCACAGGAGGAAUUCUUUCGCAGUGGCAUUAAUAGAAGUCUGGAUAUAAACUUUCUGCCUCGUGGGCUGUACUGGGACAGGGUGCAGGGACACUAUGAGCAUGAGUGUAAACGAGAAGAGCAUCUGUUAUCUGCCAGACCUGGGCAGCAGCUUCACUGAGGAUGCCCCCAGACCCCCGGUCCCUGGGGAGGAGGGCGAUCUGGUGUCCAGCGAUGGACGUCAGUACAACCACAGUUUUUACUCGUCCAAGAGCGACAGCCUCAAAAACGAGGCCUCCAUAGCUACGCCCAGAAGACCCGACCUGGACCUGGGCUAUGAGCCCGAGGGUAGCGCUUCCCCAACACCGCCCUAUUUAAAAUGGGCGGAAUCCUUACACUCGUUGCUGGACGACCAAGACGGCAUCCACUUGUUUAGGACUUUCCUCAAGCAAGAGGAGUGCGCGGAUAUGCUGGACUUCUGGUUCGCUUGCAGCGGGUUCCGCAAGCAGGAGGCCAACGAUGGCAACGAGAAGAUGCUGAAACUCGCGAAGGCCAUUUACAAAAAGUACAUCCUGGAUAACAAUGGAAUCGUGUCCCGGCAGAUCAAACCCGCCACCAAGAGCUUCAUCAAAGACUGCGUUAUGAAGCUGCACAUCGAUCCGGCCAUGUUCGACCAGGCGCAGACGGAAAUUCAGACUAUGAUGGAGGAGAACACCUACCCUUUGUUUUUAAAGUCCGACAUUUACUUGGAGUACACCAGGACUGGCGGAGAGAGUCCCAAACUGUUUAGCGACCAGAGCUCGGUGUCAGGCAACGGCAAAGUCUUGCCGGGCUACUUGCCAACUGUGAUCGAAGACGUGGAGUGGAGGUGCGACCAGGAGGAAGAGCAGAACGCGGAAAGUGACCCCACUCCCAGCAACAGGCUGACCCAGAAGCUGCUCCUGGAAACCGUGCCUCAGCGGGUGGCCAACAGUAAAAGAUAUCAGGACAACCGUGAGUACAGACACGCGUCAUGGAGGGAGCCCGUCAAUCCGUACUACGUGAACUCUGGCUACGCGCUGGCGCCCGCCACCAGUGCCAACGACAGCGAGCAGCAGAGCAUGUCCAGUGAUGCAGACACGCUUUCCCUGACCGACAGCAGUGUAGAUGGAGUCCCACCUUACAGAUAUCGUAAACCACAUCGACGUGAGAUACACGAAAGUGCCAAAGUUAAUGGGCGAGUGCCACUACCUCAUAUUCCUCGCACAAACCGGAUGCCAAAGGAUAUUCACGUUGAGCCGGAGAAGUUUGCGGCUGAGCUGAUCAGCAGGCUGGAGGGGGUGUUGAGGGAACGAGAGGCGCAGGAGAAGCUGGAGGAGCGUCUCAAGAGGGUUCGACUGGAAGAGGAAGGAGAUGAAGCGGACAUCUCCACCGGUCCCUCUCUGGCCAAUCACAGGAUUCCUCCAGCGGUCCACGUUCAGCAUUAUGGAGGUCGCUACUCUGAAAUGAGCUACAACGGGCUGCAGCUACGGGACGCGCACGAGGAAAACCCAGAGAGCAUCCUGGACGAGCAUGUACAGCGGGUCAUGAAAACUCCCGGCUGUCAAUCUCCAGGCACCGGACGCCAUUCACCGAAAUCCCGCUCGCCAGACGGGCUGCCGGCGGGUAAGAUCCCUGGGGUGAUGAUGCCACUGUCUGGUGGCCAAGGCAAGCACCAGGCUCGGCAGGGCCCAAAGGGUGAGGCGGCGCACCUGCAUCAUCACAAACACCUUCACCACACACACUAUGCUGCGGCGGGGAAGCCCAAAGAGCAGGCAGAGGCAGAGGCCGCAAGAACGCAUGGAGGAUUUGCCUGGAACAUGGAGCAACACCACUAUGGACCCAAGUCACGCAACUAUGCAGAUGGAAUGAGCGUCGGUCCUAACACCAUGGACCCUAUGGGUUACAGCAGUAAAGGCAGCACGCUAUCAAAGCGACCGGUCAGAAAAGGAGAAGAUGGUCGAAACUUUGAGAUGCGAGAGCCCUUACCUGCUGACGACAUGGAGAGAAACCAAAAGAUACUGCAGUGGAUGAUGGAAGGCGAGAAGGAAGCUGGACGCUAUAAGAGGAGCCCUUACGGGAGCAUCUCUGGGCCUAAGAAAGCUCAGGCUCACGAGCCGGCACGGCCCAGUUCGGUGGAGCGUCUGGGGGCCGUGCAUCCAUGGGUGACCGCUCAGCUCCGCAACAACGUGCAGCCCUCUCAUCCCUUCAUCCAGGAUCCAACCAUGCCCCCCAACCCAGCCCCAAACCCCCUCACCCAGCUGGAAGAGGCGCGCAGGCGGCUUGAGGAGGAGAGAAGGAAGUCUGGGACACUGCAGGCCAAGCAGAGGCAUAAGAAUAUGAAGAAGCAGCCCUGUGAGAACAUCACCGUGGCCUAUUAUUUCUGCGGUGAACCCAUCCCGUACAGGACGUCCGUCAAGGGGAGGAUCGUCACGCUUGGACAGUUCAAGGAGCUGCUCACUAAGAAAGGGAGCUACAAGUAUUAUUUCAAGAAAGUAAGCUAUGAGUUUGACUGUGGAGUGGUGUUCGAGGAGGUACGCGAAGAUGACGCCAUCCUGCCCAUCUUCGAGGAGAAGAUCAUCGGAAAAGUGGAGAAGAUCGACUGAGGCCGGGACGGAGGCUAGAGGAGAGGAACUCGGGCUGUGGAGGACAUCAAGAUGGAGCUGCAGUGAGCAGGUGCUGAGUUUGGUACAGCGAACGUGGAUGUGCUAGAGAGCCAGAGGUGCGGAAACGGGGAAGAAGGCUGUGGAAAGUACACUAUUUACUCCGAGGCUUCAACCUCCGCUCAACAGAAGUGCUCGAGAUCACUGCGUUGGGCACAGAAAGCCCUCGGACUCACUCACUCACAGAGAGACGCAAGCUGGAGGCAGCGUCCUCUCACUUUUGCUAUAUUUCUAACUCUGAAAACUGUAAUGUAGCGAUGUAAAGUUAGCCUAGAAAAAAGUACUAUGAAUAUGUUUACUAAAGCUGCAUAUUUUUGAUAUGACGUAUUCAGAAGGAACAUAUCCUUUCUAAUUUAACAACUCUUGUAAUUUUAUAUGUACUGGUACCAGAUGUGUACAGGACUGUCUGUUUAAAAGGAAAAAGAGUAAGUUUUAUAUCUAUUUAAAUAUUUAAAAGUGAAAAAAAGACAAAAAAAAACUAAAAGAGAAAUCGGUUCACCCAUAUCAAACCUGCGGCAUCGACAUGCCCCCCCCCUCAAAAUGGUGGUAAGUUUUCAAAAGCCUGUGGUUAUGGAGGAGCAGGAAUCAUAACCCGUGCUUUACCAAGUGCUUUUAACUCCCAUCAAGUCCACACGGGAGAGGGAGGAGUCAGUCAAACGGCGCACUUACCACUGCAUUAUGCAUUGAUGUCAAAGGAGAAGCUAUACGACGAUGCCUUCACAUUGUGUUUGAGUGAUGUCACGACACGCGUAGUGCAUAAUUAUUCCUCCCCUUCGAUGAGUGCGCUGACAUUUAUCUCCAGAUUUCCGAGUGGAACAAUUAUAGGUCUGUAUUUCACCUCCAAGGUCUCUUUCCAGGUGCUUGCGCGCGUGAGAUCUGCUGAAGCCUGUUUAGGAGCAGGAAGUGUUUGAGCCUUGUGGAAGAGAGGGGUCCAUCAUCUACCGAGUGCCAUUGGACAAUAUAAGGAUCAUGUUUACACUUACCUUAAUGUAUUACAGAACAAGAAACAAAUAGAGAAUUGUAGCCUUUUAGCUUAACGCGGCUAUUGUGGUGCCUGGCGAGAAUGAAUUGUUUUUAAAACGUAGUUUUUAGCCUAACGUGAUCUGCCUUGUUGAGAUCACGAAACACCAAAGAGAACAAUCUAUCACAGGAGUCGACUAAAAACCCGUUUGUGUUGUUUCGGCAGCAAAAACCAAGCUCCUUUUUAGAGUUUUCAGGCUGUGUGUUGUAACGAAACACUGAGAUAAAUGCUAGGAAAGGCCUGGCGAGAUUGAGCCAGACGUGGUGCUGUAACGUUAGAAUGCUUUUAUUUUUAUUUUGUCGUCAUUGUUCUGGCAUCCCACGUUAAAGCUAGUUUUUAAAUUUGAAAUUCGCAAUGUUAAGUUGAUUUUAAGUUGCCGUUAUCAAUGUCUGUCAUGUUUUUUUGGCUACCACCCCCCCAACCCCCUCGUUCAGUUUAGUCCUUCAUCAACUUGAACAAUAUGGGUACUUGAUGCAAACUAUGGAACAUUUCUCAUGUGUGUUUUUGAUUACGGUGUAAUUGUCAACUGGGAUGUAACUACUGUGAAUAGCCUGGACGUGAGCUCCUCUCACUGAACGAUGAAUGACCUGUACAUAGACGUCACAGAGUGCCUUUCUGACCAUUCUCUCAUCUCUGAUCCACUGUCUGCUCUCUUCACUCCAUGUGUCCAGUACCAGGGACUUGCAUUAUGUUUUAAAGUUUCUUGAUUUGUUUUGUUUUUGUUAGUUUCCUAUGCGAAGAGCGUCAACACACUUUAAGUCUUUCUAUGUAAAUAUGUACAUUUUUUUUAAAUGUGUCUUCAACUACAACCAGCAAACCGAUUUGGAGAUUUAGUGCCCUGGUUCUGCUUAAGUGUGCCGAGUUGUACAGUUAUCAUUUUAUGGUACUUUGGACAAUAAAGACAUGUAAUGAAAUACA